ACCUGGUGGGGGUUGGAAGAGAAGAGAGAAAGGUUUGGUUAGGUCGUGUGUUGCGGGCUGCUGCGGCUCGGGCGCGACAGUUCUGCCUCGACCAGCGCCGGUAGAUAUUCGUUGCUUAUUUUCUCUUUUUCUCUCUCUUUCUUCUCUCUUUCGCCCUUUUUCCAAAUUCUUUUUUCUCCUGGCAUUUGCGACCUUCCCUCACCCAUCCCCCAAAGAGUUCGCGGACACUAUUCCGCGUGUCUUCGCCUCGCGAUGUCACGCGCCUGACGCUUGACUUCGACGAUGGCCACCCUAAAAACUUAGACACGCAUGCGAAUCACCAGCCGCGGUUUAUUUAAGGCGGGCCAAGGUUAAAGCGAAAGAGGAACAGUAAUACUGACGCGAAUUCAGAUUUACUCAAAUCCUCGUUCAAAUCGUGCGUGACAUUCGGUUUCUUAAUUGCCACCCCCCGGGGAAAUUAUACAAGAUCCUCUCAAGGUUACAACUUGCGACUUUGUAAAUUCGAUUUUCGCAAAUCGUAUACGGAUUGAUGGAUUACCACCAUGUUUUAAAACAUCGGAAUAAUUUUGCAGAUAGUAAAAAGUAAUAUUUAAAAGAUAAACAUUUUGGGACUUUUGUAGAGAGAAAAAAAAAUCUCUUUUUUGAGGGAAAACAAUUACAGGGCGAGGUCGCUUCAUCUGAGGUUCUUCUCACAGUUUCUCGCAGAGAUUUAGAAUUCAAAUUUAUAAAUGUGUAUACCAUAUACGUAAAAAUAUACAGGAUUCGAAUUUAAAUAGUUAAAAAUGUUGAUAAGUUAAUGAGAAAAUUAGGCAGCAAAAUUUACGUCUUUAUUUGAAAAUUUUCGACUAAAGAGAAUUGUAUUUGAGAAACUUGGAGAACUCGAGAGAAACAUGAUAAUCCUGAGUGAGAUUCUUCUUAACAAAUAAGAGAUACUAUGAAUCCUAAUCGAUAAAUAUACAUUAGAUAGACGAUUCGUCACUAACAAACCGAAUUACCUCUAGAUCUAAUCGCAAUUUUACUAUAAGAGACUAAUUUAUAAGGGAUAAAUAAUUUAACCCACAUUUUUAAAAGUAAAUAAAUUUUCUAACCAAUCCUUCGUAACAACAGAUAUUAACAUUUCAUAGAAAGGACAACAUUCAAGAAAAAAUUAAUUUUAGGGAACAACAUUUCAGAAAAGGAAAACAAUAUUACAGAAAAGUGAAAAAAUAUUUCAAGAAAUUGCAAAGAGUAAUUAAAAUAUAAGAUAAAGUUAUAUCCAAAAUAAUGUCUCAAUGUAAAGAAAGAACGUUUAGGAAAAAGCAUUCAAGUUACAACAAAAAGCAUUCAAAAAAAAGUAUAUAAUAUUCAAGGAAUAAGAAAAUACUCUUUGAAAUAAAGCAAGAAAUGUUCAUGCUUAAAAAAACACUCAAGUCAAAGGAAAAUUUAUGAUAAUCUCCGAGACAUUCAAGACAUGGCAAAAAUUUAAAUUAAAGAAAACAACAUUCAUUCAAAUCAAUUUUUUAAAUUAAAUUAAGAGAAUCAAGAGUUGUUGGAAAUACAGAAGAUUAUAAUUUAAAGUAAGAAAAAUUCAAGAUAUAAACUAAAAAUAGGAAAAUUCACAAUGAAGAAUAAAGCGUAAGAGCAAAAAAUAUAAAAAAUUUUCGAUAAUGAAAAAUAUUCAAUGUUAAAAAAAGUGAUAAAGAAGAAAAGUUUAAGAAGCAAAAUAUUUCAUAAUAUUGUGAAAAGGAGUAUGGAAAACAUAGCAAAAAUUUAAAAAAUUAAAAACAGAAGAUGCAUUCAAGAUAAAGGACAAUAAUUAUUAGACAAAAAAGUCAGGAAUUUCAUCUAGAGAGAAAAAUAAAAAUUUUGUUGGUAGUUGUGUGAAAAAAAACAUAUUAGAAACAGUGUAUUAUGUUGUUAAAAGAUCUCAAAUUCCUUUCACAAAUUAUGUGAGAAAACGAGUUUUUAAAAAUAUAAAAACAACACAGGUAUUAGCACACUGGUAAAUGAAAAUAUAAGUGUCAAAAGUUGUGAAAAAAAAUAUUAUUUAAAAAAAAACAAGAAAGAAAUAAUUCUAAAUUUUAUAAAAAUAUUCUGUUAAAAUCAUUGAAUAUACAAUUAAGAAAAUAAAUCGUAAUUAAAAUCUGUGAAAAAUAAUUAAAGGUAGGAAAGCGGUUCAAAAAUUAUUAAAUAUAAUAAGAAAGCAAGAGAUUAACAAAUCAGAAUUAAAAUCUGUGAAGAAUAAUUAAAGGUGUUUAAAAAAAGGUUAUGUACUGCAUAAGUGUGUCGUGCAGUUGUGGUGGAGUGGAUAAUGGUCAAGGAGAGAGAUGAGAUUGGAGUGGGAAAGUGGGAGAGAAGAAAGAGGAAGAUCAGGAUCAAAAAAGGUGCAACUUAAAGAGGAGAGCCAUGUCAUGGGAGUCUAUCGCGUCCAGGGAUUAUCUUGGGUGGAACAAGGGUUGAAGUUAUAUCGAGCUCACAAACAACAAGCUGCUGUGCGCAAAUGGAGAGGUGCCUUAAAAAGUAUUAGGCAACGUGAAGACAAAUUUGCUCUUCUUGGGUACCUCUACCAAGCUUACAUGGAUUGGGGAAAAUACAGAGACAGUAUAGACUUUGGCCAGAGACAACUUUGUAUUUCUGAAGAAUUAGAUUCACCUAAUAUGAGAGCCGAGGCAUACUUGAAUCUUGCAAGAUCUCAUGAAAGACUAGGAGCUUUAGACAGAGCACUGGCUUUCGCAAGACACAGCUUAUACAACGAAUGUGAUCAAUGUGCUACUGCUGGUCUUGUUCACUUAACUGUCGGUCGGGUUCAUUUGGAAUUAGCUGGAUUUUGUAAAGCAUUAGAAGCCUUCCAAAGAGCGCAUAAAAUUGCUCAUUCCAUUCAAGAUCCUUCUUUGGAGUUACAGGUUUACGUUGGAUUGUCAGAAGUAUUUUGCAGAUUACAGGAUGCAGAUAAAAGUUCAAGAUAUGCAGCGAGAGCUUAUGACUUAUCAAGGAGUUUACAACUUGGAGAUUUAAAUUCUAGACAUCAUCGAGCUGCAUUGCUGCAAAUGGCUGCUGCUCUUAGAAAAAAGGGAGAAUUGGGUGAUGCUCAUGAUUACUGCUCGGAGGCAACACGUCUAUCUUUGGUUUCCGGAGAUCAAGCCAGUUAUGCGCGGAGUAUACGUAUCAUGGGUGAUAUUUAUAGAAAAAAGUCCGAUAUAAAUAAGGCAUUUCGCCAAUAUGAAAGUGCCAUGGGAUCUGCUGCAGCAACUGGAGAUCGUUUGUGUCAAAUGGAAGCUAUGGAUGGUGCUGCAAGGUGUCUCGAAGUACUUAGGGUACAAAAUAAAAUUUGCAACUGCCGACCUCUCGAAUUUAAUACUAGACUGUUGGAAGUUGCCGGAUCUGUUGGAGCAAAGCUUCUAGUCAGAACUGUCAGAUGUCGUCUAUCCCGAAUUUAUGCGUCACUAGGAGACGAAGAGCAAAAAAAUCAGCACGAAAGAUUAGCAGCAACGAUGGAAGAAGAUUUAGAAUUACGUUGUGGAAGCUGCAAUGAACCGUUCGGACUAGAAGCGGACUCUCUGGAGGCUUUACCUUGCUCACAUAUAUUACAUGCCAGGUGUGCAUAUGACAUUUUAAAACGACGGGACAAGAAAAAGAAGCGUUUGUGUCCCGACUGCCAUAAAUCCGUCAGUUCUCGAUUGUACCUUCAUUGUGACGAUCCUCAUGAUUUUCAAUCGCAUUUCCGCAUGACGAGAACAACAUUCGAGCAAUUAAGUCUCAUUUUAGCUCCGGAUUUGGAUACACCAAAUUCGAUUAUGCCUGUCACAAAGAAAUUGGCAAUUGCCAUUUGGUAUUAUGCCAACCAGGAAGUUCAUCGAUCUAUUGCUGACCGAUUUGGGGUGUCUAAAUCUACAUCAUGGUUGUGUGUGGUAGAUGUGGCAACUGCCCUCUGUAAUCGUGUAGGAGAAUUUAUUAAAUGGCCAACUGAGGAAGCUCUUAUGACAACCAUGCGUGAAUUUCAAGAAAUACCUGGAUUUCCAGGCGUUGUUGGAGUUGUGGAUGGGUGCCACAUUUCAAUAAGCGCACUACACGAAAACCCUGCAAGUUACUACAAUAGAAAGGGUUAUUAUUCUAUUAACAUGCAGGGGAUUUCUGUUGCUACGAUGAAAUUCACUCAUGUGUAUGCGGGUUGCUGUGGCAGUAUGAAUGAUGCGAGAGUGUGGCAGUUAAGUGACAUUCAUCAGGAGAGUGAGCGAAAUUAUGAUGCAUAUUUUUCAGCCCAAACACACAUUUUGGGGGAUAAGAUAUACCCGAGACAGUUUAAUUUGCUGCCGCCUUACAAGGAUUAUGGGAACUUAUUAAGAGUGCAAAGGUACUACAAUUUAAUCCAUGCCAGAACACGGCAAAUAAUUGAGAGGACCUUUGCGCUGCUUUUGGGUCGUUUUCGGAGACUAAAACAUCUAUACCUCCAAAAUGUUGAGUACGCAUCUCUCUUCAUUCUUGCGUGUUGCUGUCUGCACAACAUUUGCUUGUCAUUAAAUGACGACCUUGAUGGAAUCGCAAAUGUUGAUAUUGACGAUCUUGAUGGACACUUGGAAGAUGCCAUUGAUGCACUUUUACCAGAAGUGCCAGCAGACAAUCCGCGUUUUAAUCCGGACAUUAAGCGCAAUGUGAUUGCGAACGCGUUGUACAUGAAUCGCGAGUAGUAGUGUGUUAAGACGUGUGUAUCCGUAUGGCAUUCUGGCCAGAAGUGCAACCAAAGAAUCCGCGUUUCAAUCUGGAGAAUAACAAUGGUGUGUUUUGUUAUGAUAUAGUACAAUUAAGUAUGAAACUGAAUGUAAAUAAUGAUGUAUUUUAGUAUAGAUAAGUGUUUGAUUAUUUUACACAUAGUAUGAUUGCUGUUCCUUUGUUUGAUUUAUUAUUAUUAUAAAGUUUGAAAGUUAAUGUAUAUACUGUAGUUUUUUUGUACAAUUAAGAAUGAGAGUAUUGUACAAACUGGUGUGUCUUAGUAUAAUUAAGUAUUAUAAUUACAUUGUAUACAUAUCGAAUAUAAUUUUUUUUUAAUAUGUACACUGAGAAAACUGUUUGGUAUCAUGUAUCAAAGUUUGGUUGUCCCUACCAAAUUUUUUAUUUGAUAUAUGUGCAACUAACCCGUUUGGUUGGGAGUACUAAAUUUUUUUGUCCAACCGUUAAAUUUCGCUCAAUUGAAUUAUUUAGUAGGUGUAACCAAAUAAUUUAGUCUACGUAAUAAAUACAUUUAUUAGAAUGAAAAAAAAUGUUCUGUUGAGGUAAAUAAAAUUUAGUU